GGAGACUUGAACCAAAGAUAUAUCUUUGCUUGAACGCUAGUUGCGAAAUUGCGUUUCCAUUAGUGAGAAGACCAUUUCACCGUGUUUUUAAUUAAAUGUCGCCGUAUUAUGCUAGUGAUAUAUUAAAAAUAUUGUUUAUAAGACACAACCUUGCCGUACAAUUGAUUAUAUAUUCUAAAAAAAAUUGUUCAAAGUAAUUUAUUGAGACCUGCAAUUUUAUAACCUUAAAGUUUUCCAACAGCUUAGUUCAAUGAUAAUUUUGACGCCCGUAAAGGUGAAAUCAGACGUGCCAGGCUAAAGAAUGACCAGGUCUCUGAAGGAUAAACGAAAACUUUCUUCUGGAUGACACCUGACGACAUAACCUCUCGACUCUUUCGGGAACGCUAAAAUCUCUCUGGUGACUCAAAAGGGACAGUUUUUCGUUCAAAAUUAUGACAUAACAUUACCUUCCUUCCGUAGGCUUCCAGAAUGUCUAGUUUAAUGGAUCUAGUGAAUUUAAAUUCAACACUUUUGUAUAUCGGAGCACAAGUGAACGAGGUUAUUUUGUACUGGUGGUGGUACAUGAUUGAAAUCUCUUGGCAGAUUCUGAUAGCUUUUACUGCAUAUCUUUGCACUUGUAUAUUUCUUUAUGUGCUUUUAAAACGAGUCAAUCAUAAAGCAUGGCAGAUACCAGGUCCACCGAACAGAUUAUUGCUGGUGACAGCUCAUCCAGAUGACGAGGUCAUGUUCUUCGGACCUCUGAUUUACUGGUUGGUUCGACUCAAAGCGAGCGAGAUUUAUAUUCUUUGUUUUACCAUGGGUGGGAGUAGGGAAAGGAAGGAAGAGCUUUGGGCAUGUGCAAAAAAAUUGGGUAUUCCUGAAGCUAAUAUUACGAUUCUAAUGUACACAGAGUUACCUGAUGAUACUAAGGUACAAUGGCCAGAAACUUUAGUGGCAGAGAAUAUUUUGAAUUACAUUGAACUCUACAAAAUAAAUGCUGUUAUAACUUUUGAUAAGUAUGGUGUUAGCAGACAUAAAAAUCACAUUUCUCUUUUCUAUGGAAUGGCGUCCUUGUGCAUAGAACAAAAAGUUCCAUCCUACUGUAAAUUAUAUGUAUUAGAAAGUGUAAAUAUUUUAAGAAAGUAUACACAAAUCCUGGACCUGCCAAUUAGCUUGCUUUCUGCUUCCUAUUGGUACGUUAUUACGUACGAUCAGCGACAAUACAUCAAGAGUGCAAUGAAGGAGCAUAAAUCACAGUACGUCUGGUUUCGAAAACUCUACAUGAUUUUUUCUCGAUAUACUCUAAUAAAUACUCUGCAGGAAGUCAACGCUCUGGAUUUGGAGCUUGACCUUCAAUUCGAUGAAGACUAGUCCCUAAAUUUACGUCCACAAGUUUUUAUUUGAUUGCACAUAAACAAAAUUAUUUUAUCGUUUGUAAAUCAUUCUGUACAAAUUGAAAAUAUAUGCUAAAAAAAA